UCACUUUUCAGUUAUUGUGAAUUUGUGUUUAACGAAAUAUGGCGUCAUAAGAAGUAUGUACUUUGCGGUAAUUUUGUAGAAUUUGCAUUGGUAAUUUUUUUUAAUCAACUAGACUAUAAUUAUUAUCGUGCUGAUGUCGUGACUAUAAUGAACAAUGAUUGAAUGAUGAUAAUAAAGUUUGCCAAGGCCAAGAGACUUGCUAAUGUGAAAUUGGUAGAGUAAAAAGCAAUGGAACCAGUGGGACAUUGGCCUGGUCCAGCCUAUCCUGCUGCAUUUGACCGGCGGCUGACAUCAGGGGGGGCAGGGGACACCCCCUCCACCAUUCUUCCACCACCCCACCUGCUAUUGCCAUCCGCUUACAACUCUGUUCUGUUCAAUCAGCAAAGUACGUAUCAACAAAAUUCAACAUUCAGUACCAACAGUGACACCUAUCAUCACUCAACUGCUACUUCAGUUACUGCAUCGAAUCCGUACUAUGGAACUCAUGGAACUACAGCGCUGAUGGGCCUGCCAUCUGCUGCCUCUAUUCCUGCGCAACUAGGAUCUCAGUUUCAGAGCUCUUACGAACAUGCGCGUUCAGAAGUGGUAACCCACAGCUCCAACACAUCAACAUCUAACUCAACUGGCUUUGACAACUACAGCAACCCCCUCUUCGGCUCUUCAGCCCUCAAUUCUCAGUUAAUGAACUUGAACUACAAUAAUAAGAAUUCAAAUUUACAAACAUGCGGUGUGUCAACCAGUGAGUCAAAAGACAAUUUCUACUCUCCCAUUUCCCACUCAUACCAAGUUCCCAAUACACUUGCAAGUAAUAAUUUAUAUAAUUUACAUGAAACAACUAAGAAUUGUGUGAUUGUGACCGAGUCUCCUUCAUUGCCCCUUUCAGCCCAACCUACCAUUUCAUCAUUGCCAUCAUCAGCCCAUCAGAACAACCAUACAAUCGCCCAAUUUCAACCAACUCUUUCGACUAUCACACCACUUCUAACACUCCAUAACAAUUCUAAAUUUUCCCAGCCGAUUAAUACAAUGAAUUCAAAAGAAUUUCAGUCCCCCGAACUGGCUUCGAAAGUACAACACUCGACAGGUGUUUCUCCUUCACAGCUACAAAACAACCUUUACGAGCAUUCCUCUAAAACACCAGCUCCCCUCACAACUUACCAACAUACAAUCAAUGAAAAUCGUCACAAUGUCUACAAUAAUCGGAUUCUUGCUGAAUGUUCUAGCCCAUCUCCCCCCGUGUCUGUACCUAUGGGUGGCUUACCUACCCAUAAUUCAAAUUUGAGCUCUAAUAAAGCACCUUUAUCUGAGCUGUCGACUCCAGAUCAACGCUCAAGUAUUGAAACGGGCUUUACUCCAUCACUAUCCCCUGGGUAUCGAAUGCCGCUCUACAGUGGUGUCGAAUAUCCAGCAUCUCCCCAGCAGGACUUUCACACUACAGGCAGGGCUGAAAGCGCGGGCAGUUAUUCGCCAUGCAGUAGACAACAACAGAGCCCUGUUCAAUGUCCAGUAACUAGUCCUUCGAGUACACACUUUCACACCAGUCCAACUUAUCCGUCUCACAACAGUCCAGUCACCUCGCAUCCAACUUACAAACUAACCAACUUUUCCGAUACUUCUGCAUUAAGAGCACAAACACCACAAUCAUUAUUAUCACCAUCACAAACAAAAGAUUCUGCAAGAAAUUUGAAUCAGGUGACUCAUUUGAAUACUCAACAGUAUUAUUGGCAAGACAGUGAUCAAAAUCUUCAGAAGGCAGAUUCCAAUAAUUAUGAUAAACGCAGUCCAUCAUAUGGAAACGCUUUUGAGAGAAAUUCAGCCACUGAUAAUUCCUACUUACAUCCGAUGUUGAAGGAAAAGAUGUUAUCUGCUCAUAGUGAUCCUAUCAGCGCAAUAACAAAGGUCACAAAUAUUAUUGAGGAAAGUGUUAAGUACUUGCCUACUGGUGUAACCAAUCCACCUGAAGCAAAAAAUCAGAUAAAUUGCAAACAGAUACAAACAGAUCAUCAGUCGAAGAAUUCGAUAGAGCAGAAUGUCUCUAAUAAUGGGUCGAAUCCAUUUGAAAGAUCUUCAGCUGGAAACUUCAGGUCUCCUGAAGACAGCAAUCAGUUUAGAUUCAAUAAUCCUACAACCGGAAUUCAAAAUUCAACCAAUUACGUAUCUCCUUCAUCAAUCUUGCCCAAUGAUUCUUCGCAAAUUAGAAACGAGUCAAACAUGAAUCAGAUUUUGCAAGGAAACUCACAGCAGUGUAAUACGAAUUCCAACUCAUUCUACAACCCUCCAUCGUUCAAUGGAAAUAAAACUAAUAAUAUUGUUGAAAAGGGUAGUGGGUCUCAAAAUGCCAUCAGUGAUUAUCCUUCUAAAAUGCAUUUACCUCACUGCUCAAUGCCAAAGAAGUAUGAAAAUGAUUCACUAGCUACAUCUAAAAAUUCUGUAAUACAUGUCACAAAUGAAGAUCCUAGCAAUACCUCAACAACUCCUGAAGCUGUGGAUUACGCAAAACACAGUAUGAAUGCCAGCUCGUUUGGUGAUAGAGGAACAUCCGUACCAAAUGAAAUCAUUAAAACUAUUCCUUUUCACAAUGUCAAUCAGUCUCUGAUGGUAUCCCAAGGCACGUCUCAUCAUAUUCCCAAUGUCAAUCAGACUCAGGAUGAUUCUAAAACUUCUGUAGCUAAAUUGCCAUCAAUUUCUAUUUCAACAGAGAAUCAUACCAAUUGUAGCUCCUAUGACGGGAAGAAAAAUGUCAAGUCAAGUGUAGGUUUGGGCAAAAAGCAGAAGGACUUGUCUGCUCCUGUUGCCAACUCAGCUGUGGUCACACUGCCGAAGCAGCUAAAAAAGGACGACCGCCAAAGAUAAAAGAAGACUUACAAUCUGCAAACAUGCCAGAAAAGAAGCCACUAUCGUUUCCUCCAUCUAUUAACAAUGGCUUCAUGGCCAGCUACAUCAAGUUCCUAGAAGGUAUUCAGUGUGACUUACCUGACGAGGCUGUUCCAACUCCAAAAAAGGAAGUACGACCUCAAAAAAGGGAAGUACCAUCUACAAAAAAGGAAGUACCAUCUACAAAAAAGGAAGUUCCAUCUGCAAAAAAGGAAGUGUCACCUCCAAAAAAGGAAGUAGCCGCCGCGAGAAGAUCAGAUGAGUCUGAUGAGACCGAAGAGGCAGAACCCGAGCCUCCUCCGAAGAGGGAGCCAUCCACCAGAAGAGCAAGGCGGAAGUCCAGCCUCCUCAAACGAGUCUUGGAUGAAGAUGAGGAGGAUGGCGACGACUACAAUUCUGCCAACUCCGACUCCGACCCAGCAUGGUCGCCUGCUGCUACCAAGGAUGAUUCUGACGAAGAUUUUGAGAUUAGAAGUGAAAGAAGAACGAGGAGAUCGCUGCGGGGGCAUACUCGCUGGGGGGCGGGGAGCCAGCGCGGCAGGAAGCGGGGGCGGUCGUCAAUUGCCAGCUCCAACGAUGAGGAUGAUGAUGACCAUCUCACAAGUGCUUCUAAGCAGAGGAAAUAUCCCACACGUACAAAAUCUGUUUCUCAGACUGAAAACAAAACUAAUGACGGCGAAGGGAAGGCUGAUUUCAUUGAAACUAGUACCAACAAAAGUUUUGAAGUAUUCCCGUUUCAAGUGGGUGAGUUUGUUAUGAAUAAAUCUGAUGUUAAUCAGAAAAAUCAUCCGAUUUGGAGAGUGGAUGGAAAGACCCUGCUCCAGAAGUACCAACCUACUGUACAGAAGGGAGAAAUCAUCUAUAAGAAUAUCCCUACCUACUCUGGAUGGACACACCGCACCAACAAUGAUUUCCAAAAGGUGGAAGUUAAAAUAAUAUCCCAGCAACGCCAUGAAACAGUUGUACAACUAUUGGUACGAGAGACUGAAGAAUUGAUAGAAGAUCAGAAAGCUAUUGAUAAAUAUAUGGAGGAGUAUAAGAUAUACCAGGACGCAUUUGAAAUAUACAUACAGACACUGAUAUCUCAAGUCCUAGACUCAAAUUUCCUUAUGGAAAUCAUCCGUGAGAAUGAUACCUACUUUUUGAAUAGCGUGAAGACGAUUGAUGAGAAGACUUGUGACCGUAGGAAACAACUAUCAGAAUUUGCCAAGUUGCAACCGAUGGUUGAGAAAAGUGUGGCCACGUGGCCGUGCAUCGAUGUUCUGCAAGAUUCGCCGCAGACAGAUGCAGAUAUCAGCAAAGAGAUGUGUGCCUCGUGCCUUACUAGUGCAGCCACCAAACGAGUCAUUGUCUUUGGCCAACCCUACAAUAGCGACAAUCUUGAAGGUUGCCCUCCUGAUCCUGAAGUUAGUAAACACAAGAAUUUCUUAUUGUGUAAAAGGUGCAUUGACUUGGUUACUCUAUUCAAUAAGAUAGUUCAUCAGAAGUAUCAGGUGUUCAUCAGUUGUGCCAACAAAGUUCAGGAGAAGAGAACGAUGGACCCAGCCAAAGACACAACUGUCAUUCUCAAUGAAUUGCUAGCUGAUGAACCGUGGAUCUCUCAAGUAAGCACUUUCACUUAUACUCAUUUUAAUCAAUGUGUACAAUUUAUUGUCGAGUGAAAUCCCCAGCAGGCA